AUGGACCUUUCACCUGCAAGAAUCGCAAGCUUGUCGUGGACUCUCUUCCAGGCUGCUGACGCAUGGCCUUUGAGUGGUAGUGCCGUCCCUCUCAACGAAUGGCUCUUGAAUGAUGUUGAAGCCACCUCGAGCGGGUCUACGACCAACUACAUACAUGUGAAGCUCUUCUACCAUACACCCGCAGCGAACCCUAACGCGACCCUUAUCACGCUGUUUAUGAACAUUAUUGCCGAAACAAUGACUCCCGAGGACGAAGUAGCCGGCAUGGCCAAAGGAAGCAAGUCAACCAAGCAAUUAUUCAAGUACAUGCAGCAGCCACCAACGGCAUCAACUGGCGGAAACGGCAGCAUGGAAUCUUUCAUGAUGAAACUUGUAUCCGCACCUGAUUUCGUGAGACCCUAUGACCGUUACUUCGACCGCGUUUUGAAGGAACUGGAGUUCGCCAAACUGGAAACACUUGUAGGAGCCACCGUGAAGGACAGGCACACGGUCAUCGAGAAGUGGCCCUACAGACUGAAGCUCAAUCCUGGUCAACCGGGGGCACAGCCGGGGGCACAGCAGGAGUUCGACAGGGCACUCUGCGGAGGUCUCUCAAGCAAGGAACGCUAUGUCGAGUGGAAGAGAAUAGAAUGA